CAGCUGCACCUUUCACAUCUACCUUUUUAUACAAUCAAUCCCCUACUCUACUCAACCACAAUGGCAAACGAACGCAUCACCUGGAUCGGCCUGGGCAACAUCGGCCGCGGCAUGAGUCGCAACAUCGUGCACAAAGGCCCACAAACCAGCCCAGUGACGCUAUACAACCGCACCGCGGCGCGCGCGCAGGCCUUCGCCAACACACUGCCGGCCAACAAAGCGACGGCCACCGACUCGCUCGCGUCCGCCGUGCAAUCCGCCAGCAUAAUCUUCAUCUGCAUCGGCGACGACCCGGCCAUCGACGCGAUUAUCUCCACCCUGACCUCUCCAGAAACCAACCUCGACCUCACCGACAAGAUCUUCGUCGACUGCUCCACCGUGCACCCAGACACCUCACGACGCACCUCCACUACCCUCUCAGCCCGGGGGGCGUCCUUCAUCGCGUGCCCGGUAUUCGGGGCUCCCGCCGCCGCGGACGCAGGACAGCUGGUGGUUGUACCCGCGGGCCCGGAGUCCGUUAUUGAGCGCAUCCUCCCGUUCCUGGACGGGGUGGUCGCCAAGGCCGUGGUGGCGAUGGCCGGCGAGGACGUCGGACGCGCCUCCACGCUGAAGGUCCUCGGUAACACGUUCAUCCUCAACACGGUCGAGAAUCUCGCGGAGGGGCUGGUCGCGGCUGAGAAGUCUGGUCUCGGGGCUGAGGUCUACCGCGAGUUCAUCCACCGUAUGUUCCCCGGUCCGUUUGCGCUUUACGCGGACCGGAUGUGCACGGGCGACUAUCAUAAGCGCGCGGAGCCGUUGUUUGCCGUUGACCUGGCGCGUAAGGACCUGCGCCAUGCGGCGAGCUUGGCUUCGUCUGCUGGGAUGCAGCUGAAAAGUGUUGGGGUUACGGAUGGGUAUUUGCAGCAGGUUAAGGCUGAGAAGGGGGAGAAGGGCGACAUCGCGGCUGUUUAUGGGGCGAUUCGAAAGGAGUCUGGGUUGCCUUUCGAUAAUUAGGGGUUCCAUGGGUGCGUUUGUUGGCUUGUGGGGGCCUGGGUUUGUAUAUAUGGAUAGAGUGUGCAUUUUGAUACGCCUACGUAUGAGAAAAGUGGUUUGGAGGAAUGGAUUAUUCAAUCUUUGU